AUGCACAAUGGGCACUUGAAUGUGAACGGAGUGUGGCUUCCAACCAGUGUCAAUGGAAACGUAAACGUAAAUGGAAGCGACCAGACGGUCACUUUUGCUCAGCAGAUCCGCAACGUCAAUGGCGCAGGAACGCCGAAUCCUCUGGUGCAACAGGCGCAGCAGCUAACUGGCUCACCCUCAUCGUCGCGAGAUUCGCCGUAUGGAGGAACGCAAGUCAGCGAGCAAAAUUUAUACGGGACGACGUACUUCAUUCCCGACGCUGCCAAGCAACAGACGAUCAUGUACCCUCCGUUCAUGGCGUAUCCGGGCUUCAAUGCGGACACCUCGCUGGCCUUCCUCGAGCGAACGGUACAUCAAAAGACAAACGCGCGCACUUCGUUCUUCAUGGGUGAUGAGUACCGGCAAUAUCUUCUCAGUCGUCACAUCGAGUCCAGAACAUCGGUCCAAGAUCACUCUGUCGACGGCGUUCUGACGAAAGCCUUUCCAGAUAUAACACCAACGAACUCUGCUUCAAAGGAAAGCUACCACUCGCUUUAUCCACUUGAGCAGCUUCUGGAAUCGAAGAGUCAGACGCUGUUGGCGCAGACUUCGACCUUCAGGGCGACGAGGGUCGAAGAUGGAUUGAACUAUUGUUUGAAACGAAUUCACGGAUGUCGGAACUACUCUCAAGACGGCUUCAAAAACUUGACAAGAUGGCAGUCCAUUCGACACGCGAAUAUCGUUACCUUUCAUACAGCUUUUACCAUAAAGGCUUUCGGGGAUAGUUCAAUCAUGUUCGUCUACGACUAUCAUCCGACUGCGGAGACGCUCAUGCAGCGCCACUUCAUGCCGUCAGCAAAUCCGUGGAAGCAGAAGCGGCAACCAGUGACGGAGCCGGUGGUCUGGAAUUACAUCGUUCAGCUGACAUCAGCACUCCGGACGAUUCAUGCCAAGAACUUAGCUUACAGACAGAUGUUCCCGACGAAUAUAAUUGUCACUGGCAAAGCAAGGCUUCGGUUGAAUUAUUCCGCUGUGCUAGAUAUGAUGUCUGGCUCCAAAGAAGAGCUUCAGCGGCACAAACAAGAUGAUCUUUUCCAUCUCGGUCGGCUGCUCUUGGCUUUAUGUUGCAAUUCAACGCAACCCUUUCAAGGAGACCCUCAAGUCAUGAAUCAGUGCGCCGAGCUGGUCCGGAAAAGUUUUAGCGCUGAUCUGUUCAAAUUGAUAUCCUACCUGCUGAAACCAAGUGCAACGGGAAAGAGCGUAGACGCUCUUAUGCCCAUGAUUGGAGCCCGGUUUUAUACUCAAUUUGACAGCUCACUUCUUUGGGGUGACAUGAUAGAAGGUGAACUCGAGAAGGAGUUGGAGAAUGGACGUCUCUUCAGGCUCAUAUCGAAGAUGGGCAUGGUUCAAUGUCAACCACCAGCAGGGGCGGCGCUUGGUCAGGAACAGUCCUGGUCUGAGUCCGGCGAAAGGCGGCUGGUCCGACUCUUCCGAAAUUAUUUAUUCCGCCAGCGCACGGACCAGGGCAAUCCUUUCCUUUCCCUUUCCCAUGUCAUAUCAUCACUAAACAAGCUCGACGUGGGGUCCGAUGAGAAGAUCAUUCUGAACUCAAAUGACGACCGAACAGUGAUCCUUGCAACGUACAACGAUAUCAAAUCAGCAAUCAACAAGUGCUUCAUGGAUCUCUGUGCAUAA